AUGAGGGAGGAGAUGGAGAACCCCGCCAAGGUCCAGGCGAAGGUGGAGGAGGACGCGGGCGGCGAGGAUGAGGAACCGAGGCGGGACGAAGGUUGCGAGAACCGGAAGCCGGGAGGACACGGAAUUGGGGAGAAACGCGGCGAAAACGCCAACCGCGGAAAUGCGGGCGAAUUCCGUAGCGAAUCGCCGCCCAAAGCGAAACCCAAGAGGAAACCCCACAAAUGCCAAGAGUGCGGCCGGAUCUUCAACUGGAGCAACCACCUCGUCCGCCACCGACGUCUACACACGGGCGAGAGACCCUACAAAUGCUCCGUCUGCGGGAAGGGCUUCAACGACGGGUCCCCGUUGCUCAUCCACGAGAUGCUCCAUCGCGGCGAGAAACCCUACAAGUGUUUGGAUUGCGGGAAGAGCUUCAGUCAAAGUUCUCACCUCAUCUCCCACCAAGUGGUCCACACCGAUGAGAAACCCUACGUCUGUCCCGAUUGCGGGAAGAGUUUCGCCCGGCAGCAGUAUCUCCUCAUGCAUCGGAGGGUCCAUACGGGUGAGAGACCCUACGAGUGUCGGGAUUGCGGGAAGAGUUUUCGGAAGAGUUCCGACCUGGUCAGGCACAAGACGGUCCAUACGGGUGAGAAGCCCUUCAAAUGUCCCAUCUGCGGGAAGGGUUUCACCCAAAAUUUCCGUUGUAACGCCCAUAAAAAGGUCCACAGCGAAGAAAAAUCCCAUUUCUGCGCCGAUUGCGGGAAAAGUUUCACUCGAAGGUUCAACCUCAAACUUCACGAGAAGCUUCACACGGGCGAGAGACCCCACAAAUGCCCCGAAUGCGGUUUGAGUUUCACCAACACGUCUCACCUCAUCGUCCACCAACGGAUUCACACCGGGGAAAGACCCUACAGGUGUCCCGUCUGCGGGAAGGGCUUCACCAUGAGUUCCAAAUGUCUGGAACACGAAAGGACCCACACGGGAGAAGCUCCGUACCGUUGUUCCGAGUGCGGGAAUCGUUACAGGACCAAGGUCUCCUUGAGGUCCCACGUCAAGACUCACGCGGAUUAG